CAUUAUAAAAAUUUAAUCUCCGUGAUUAGAAUUUGCAAAUAAAUAUAAUUAAAUCCUCCUCAGCAUUGGCCUGGAGUCCAUUUUGGCAAACAGCUGAAGGAGGGGCGUCUGGACCAAUCAGAGCUCGCCAUCUCAUCCGGGCACUUUAGCUGUACAAACUAUAGCUAGCUAAUGAAAAUGGACGACGACUUGUUAUAUAAUCAAAAAGCUUUCGGGUUUAAUCAUUUUUUGGGGGGUAAAACAAUUUUUUUAGGGUCACCAUGUCGUACUGAUUUGCUACACGCUACGCUGGCUGGUCUGAGAGCGGGUGCUCAUGGGAUAUGUAGUUUUUAGUGAUGAGCAAGAGACAGCGAAAUGAAACUAAUACAGCAUAAAAUGCCGUUACAAACGCUGUCAGUUGCAGGUAAUGGUUUCCAUGUGCAAUUCAAGAGUCUACUACUAAAAGCUAAGUUUUUAGCUGAAAUCAAAUCAGUUGUGAAAUUCACUUCCGGGAGCAGCGUGGCGUGGUGCGUCGUGACGUACGCGUUCAGGGGCGGAGUCACGUCAGCACGUCAGCACGUCGUCUGCAGCCCGUCAGCGUGCAGAGAGUCAGUUGAAGAUCGUCGCAGGCGGAGAUCAGCUCGGCUCAGAGAUGUCCAGCUGCUAUAAACUCCUGCUCCAUGGCCGCAGGUACCGAGCGCUCGCUUUAUUAACCAGUAACCGCUGCAGCAGUCGGAGCCUGAGCACAGGCAGAGCCGUGCAGAAAGACAUCAUCCAGGAUCUGGAGAACCAGUUUAAAGCGUUUCGUGAUAAAGUGACGGCGGCGAUGCCCGGCAGUGACUGGAGCCCGAUCGAGCUGACCCGCGGCCUUCCUCCUGAGCGCGCCGACAUCGUGAUCGUCGGAGGAGGAGUGAUUGGCUGGUCCAUCGCUUACUGGCUGAAGAGGAGACUGAUGUCUCGGGACGCGCUGAGGGUGGUGGUGGUGGAGAAGGAUCCUACUUACAGCCAGGCCUCCACGGUUCUCUCAGCAGGAGGCAUUCGGCAGCAGUUCUCGCUGAAGGAGAACAUCCAGCUCUCUAUGGCCUCCGCUAACUUCAUGAAGAACAUUAAUGAACAUCUCGGCGUGCUGAAUGAGGAUCCCAUCGACCUGCAGUUUAAUCACUCAGGUUAUCUUUUCCUGGCCAGUGAAGCAUCGGCGCACAUUAUGGAGGAGAACUACGCCAUUCAAAAAGAACUCGGGGCUGAAGUCACCCUGCUGUCACCUACACAGCUGAAGGAGAGAUUUCCCUGUCUGAACACAGACGGCGUCGCGCUGGCCUCUCUUGGACUCGAGAACGAAGGCUGGUUCGACCCUUGGACCCUCCUGAACGCGUUCAGACGCAAAGCCAUGUCUAUGGGAGUGUAUCAGUGCUUCGGAGAAGUCACAGGAUUUAGAUGCUGGACACAAAAUGCAGAAACCAUGGAUGGAGACCUUCUGAACAUAAAAAGGAUCAAAUACGUUAAUGUGAAGAUGCCUAACAGUUUGGAGUACCAGCCUGUGGAGUGUGCUGUCGUAGUGAACGCGGCCGGUGCCAGUUCGGGGAAAAUCGCCGACAUGGUUGGCAUCGGACACGGCCCAGAAACCAGCAUGGCAGCCAUCCCAUUUCCUGUGGAACCCAGAAAGAGGUAUAUUUAUGUGGUGCAUUGUCCUGAUGGUCCGGGCCUGGAGUGUCCGUUUCUGAUCGACUACUCGGGAGUUUAUCUGCGGCGAGAAGGCCUGGGAGGAAAUUACAUCACGGGGAAGUCGCCGGAGGAGAGCGAGGAACCGGACUGCAGUAACCUGGAUGUGGACCAUGAGUUUUUUCAGGAGAAAGUCUGGCCACUUCUGGCACAUCGAGUUCCUGCUUUUGAGAGUCUGAAGGUGACAGGAGCAUGGGCGGGGUUUUACGACUACAACACGUUCGACCAGAACGGCAUCGUGGGUCUGCACCCGCUGGUCAACAACAUGUACUUCGCAACGGGUUUCAGCGGACACGGGCUGCAGCAGUCUCCCGCCGUGGGCCGCGCCGUGGCCGAGCUCAUCCUGGACGGAGGGUUUAAGACCAUCGACCUGAGCGCCUUCGACGUCAAGCGCAUCCUCUGCCAGGAGCCCAUGCUGGAGAGGAACAUCGUGUGAGCACGGAGAAGGAGAAUCAGAAUCUUUAAUAUGUUAAUACCCGUGACGGGAAUCUGACCUGACAGCUGCUCACAUCGACACCAUGUGGAAAAGAAAUCAAAUUAAUAACCAGGAACUUUGAAAUGAGUGCUGUAAUGAGAUCGAUAAAUAAUCAGGGUAUUGUGUACCAAAGCUGCAGCCUGCGUUAAACACAGAAAUCCUCAGAGAUCAUGUACAGGGCAAAAAAAAAAUCAAACCCAGCUUUUUUUUUUUUCUUUUUCUUUUUCUUUAAAGCAGGAUACCCAUGUAGGCUUCACGGUCCUGCAUUUCCCAUAAUCCUGUGCGUCAGCAACCCUGCUGUUGUUGCAUGACCUCGGCACUUUUAACCAGUUUUAUUUUUCUAUUCAUCUUUAUUUUUCUAUUCUUAUUCUUUCUUUCUUUCUUUUUUUUUU